UGAUUUUUAUGUUCACUUUGAACAUGGAAUUCGUGUUUCUCUUGAUUGUUGAAAGUAAACAUAUUUUUUGUUUUAAUUUACUUUCGUAAAUCCUCGCUUUGAUACUUAAGUCAAAGUGCACCUAAAUAUCCGUUCUGAAAAUAAUACAAGACUGAUCUAAUUAUUCCAACAAUAAUUAAUUUGUUAAGGCAAGCUGUGGAUAUGUAUUCCAUGAUCAAUUAAGUUUAUUUUAAAGUCCAAAGUACAAUUAAUACGUGUGUCGUGUGUUAAAGUGAUUGUGCAAAAUGUCCAUCGAAGAAAAGUUUCAUGCUGCUGUAAAUGUCAUCAAAAAUCUGCCCAAAAGUGGACCAUACCAGCCCAGCCAUGAGCUGAUGCUGAAGUUCUAUAGCUAUUUCAAGCAAGCUACUGAAGGAUCCUGCACAAAACCGAAGCCCGGCUUCUGGGACGUUAUAAACAGAGCGAAAUGGGAGGCGUGGGCAAAACUAGGCGACAUGAAACAGGAAGAAGCGAUGGAAUGCUAUGUUGAUGAAUUACAUAAGAUCGUCGAAACUAUGUCCCUAAAUUCGAACGUUGAGUCAUUCUUAACGUUGAACGAUAACGGAGAAGGCUUCCCCAGUGCAGACUUGCAGCUUGUUGCUGGCGACAUUUUGGGGCGUUGUCGGGAGGAAUCACAACAUAAUUCACCUGCUUAUUCUCGUUCAGUGAGUGGUAUGUCAUCACCAGUGCCUGAUGAAGUAUCUUCAAGGACUAGGCAUGACUCGGAGGAUGAAUUUAUUGACACCGUAGAUGUUAGUGCCCCAAUCGAAGAGCCCGUGACACAGAGCGCACCGAGACUAAGCAAUGGACACGCAUAUCAAAUAACAUCACAGCUUACUCAUCUUAAGGUGCUUGAACAGUUGCCAGGAACCUUGGCACGGUUAGAAGCAGAUGUGGCAGCGUUGAGGAAGGCGGUCGAAGGGGAUAGGAGAAUAUUAGAUCAAGUAUCAAACGGAUGGCGUUGGCCGUGGCAGGAGCUGAGUGCACCGACAUUGGCAUUUGUCAUAAUCUGGCCUUUUGUGGCCUACAGACUCAUGAAUAGGACACAGAGGCACAACACUUAAUAACAUCGUGUAAAGUUAAGUGUACAGUCGUGCUCAAAAUGCAUGAGAAAGUCAAGAAAGCAUUAUUUUAUCCAUCCAACUCAAUGUUGCCAGUCGAUAUUGAGUCGAAGUUAUAGCAACACUUACCGUUAUAAAUGAAAUAAUUCACUAACAAUUAUAAUUGAUAUUUUCAAUGCCAAACAGACAACCGCGUAACAGCGAUUUGAAUAUUCGUACCAUUCGAUGACGUCAUCAUUCAUUGUUGAGCAAUUAUUCAUUAUUGAAUUCGAUAUUGAUAACAGAGUUGCGGGGCUUUCAUAAAAUUAUUGUUCACAUACCUAAUCACAAGUAAAUUUUUGGAAAUAACUAAAAAUAUUGCUUGCUUGUGAUAUCGCAUUUCGUUUUCGCUGGGUUUGUUUUGUUUAAACUGGUAUUUUGUAUCAUGGGUUUUGUAAUUAAUUCUUUUUAUAUUUUUAUGGUGAUCGUAAUCUUUAAAUUUGUGCUAAAAUUAAUCCGGUUUUAAAUGAUCAAUGAACUUAACUUUUGACAAGAUUUUGAACUAAAAUAAUGUUUUUUUUUUAAAUUUAUCUUUAAACUACAACCAGAAUUUAAAUUUAUUACGAAACCAUAUAAAUGACCGUCUUUCAUACAGAUGCAGAACUAAAGUAUAGUUAAAACGUAUAAUAUUUUGAUUAUUAAAAAAAAGUGGUUUGGUGUCUAUUCUUUUAAACAUAUUUCUACUUUGACAAUUGACUUAAUAUUAUUGGCGCCAUCUUCUAAAAAUACUUGUUUGCAGCGCCAUCUAGUUGUAAAUAAAGAUCACGAUUACCACAUAUUUUACCAUACAUUUUUUUGUUACCUGUUACGUAUAGUUUAAAAUUAUUUAGGUUAUGUUAUUUGUGAUACGUAGGUUAUAGUGACAUUUGGUUUACAAAUUUGAGACCUCCUUUAGUGCAAUUGAGCUUUGUUUAAUUAUUUUUCAAUAUACGACUGAAGCAAGUUUUAUAAUGAUACUGUUUUAUUUAUCAGAGGCCCCUGUCCUCAUACGCAUAAUAAAUGUUAUUUGUAUGAAAAGGUCCUCUAUUUUCAAAAAUAUAUUGUAUUUGGAAUACAAUACAAUUGGUACUAAAUAAAACAAACAUAGUUAACGUACUGGCAACGCCAUUCUGAAAAUUAGUAGAGACUGAAUAAAACUUAAAACUUAUAAGGGACAUAGAUAAUAACCAAUAAAGAUACAAUGGUAAUAUACAAUUUUUAUUAAUUUCUAUUCAUAUUUACCGGGGCUUAAUUUCAUAAUAGAAAUACAUGGCCGUUGGUUCUAUAAUGCGUAAUUUAAAAUUGUUAAAACUAAGUCACUAAAGACACCUAAUUCAUAAAAACUAAAUCAGUAUUAUUAUCUUACAGUUUCAUCAUUGUGGUUUAAGCAGUUAAUCUGCUUUCAAUUUAUGGUUCAUGUUCGGAUGAAAAUACAAUGAAUUAAGACUAGGGAUUCAACGAUACGCUUUUUUGCCGAUACUUUUAUAGAAAUAUCGUUUCGAUACCUAUACGGAUAUAUAACGCUUAAAAUUAUGAGUAAUAAAUUAAAUAAGUGUUAAUAAUUAAAAUUAAUAUUGAUAAGAUUUUUGUAAUUCUGUAUUUUAAGUUGGUAUCGACAAAAUGCUACACGCGAUAUCUGUUAAAAGCCAACUAAAUGGAAUACUCGGGGACAAAGCGGGUGAGAGAGACAAUAAACUGAAUAAAACGUGGGGAUUCUCCGACUAUAGAUAGUCUGUACAUCAUUUGCAACGAACUAGAUCAGACAUGAUGAAAAUUAGUUUUUUAAUGCGCGAAAUAUGAAAAGUAUCGAUAAUUAAAAUAUCACCUAUGCCGAUAUAUCGGACGCAUCCCUAAUUAAUACUGAUUUAGGUUUUAUAAUUAGGCGGUAAAAGUUAAAGGUACAGUUGUGUAAUGACAAGUAUAUUGUUCUAAGAAUAUAUGCAAAUAUUAAAACAACAGCUCAUCCCAAUACCAGUUUGUGUGGAUUAGUUUCUAGUACUGGUAUAGCUUUGUUGAAAACAAAUUAAGAUAAGCGCCAUCUAUUCAACGAAUAUGACACUUCAGUUACAGUUAAACUGUUGUGAUACUGGCAGCAGUGUAGUUUUUAAAUUUAAUUUACCAUAAUUUUGUAAAUCAGUCAAUAUUUGUAUAUUUGUUACUGUAAUAAAGUAAUGGGGUAUUUGUAAA